GUUGCGCGCGCUACUCGCUGUCAGUAACGGUCGGUCGCUGCCGUUUCCUCUCCGUCGCGUUUUAACCCAAAAUUCAGAUUAAACCUUCAGAGCUGCGCGGCUCUCUCAGCUGCCCGGCACCUCCAGCGGCCGAUGGCAGGCACAGUGUCUGAGAGGCUCUCCGGCGAGGCUGCUCACCUCACAGCCGAACGCUGCUCAGUCCUGACGUCUCUCCCUGCUCGCCUUCCCGCCCGGCUCGGACGGCGCCCCUGAGCCUUCAGCAGUUCUGUGGAAGUGCUUUCCUCUGGACAUUUUCUCACCUUGGGAGAUAAAGCUGCAGGGCGGCCCGUGUGGCCGAGAUGCCACUGUGUGCCCUGCCAGUCAGCGGUGGAACCUGAGGGACAGGAGGUGCCCACUGAGUGCAGAGGGCAGAACGCCAAUCCCCCCGACCACGACAUGAACCUGUGCUGGAACGAGAUCAAGCGCAAGUCCCACAACAUCAGGGUGCGGCUGGAGGCAUUCUCAGAUAACAGUGGAAAGCUGCAGCUCUCUCUGCAGGAAAUCAUUGAAUGGCUGACAGCCAAAGACGAGGAGCUGUCCGAGCAGCUGCCCAUAGGAGGCGAUGUUGGGGCAGUGCAACACCAGCGAGAGUUCCACCAGGCCUUCAUGGAAGAUGUAAAGUCCAGGGGGCCUUUCAUCUACUCAGUUCUGGAGUCUGCCCAGGCCUUUUUGGCCCAGCAUCCAUUCCAGGAGCCUGAGGAGACGCUGCCAGAUGGCAAAGAAGUAUCUCCGAGGCGGAGGAUGCUGAAUGUGAGUCGCUCAGUGUGGAAGCAGGCCAACGUGGCCAGCGAUCUGUGGGAGAAACUGACAGCGCGCUGCGUAGACCGGCACCGGCACAUGGAGCGCACUUUGGAAAGGCUUUUACAGGUCCAGGCGGCUAUGGAAGAGCUGGCUGGGGCUCUGGAGCAGGCUGAAGGAGUGAGAGAUGCUUGGGAGCCUGUGGGAGAUCUCUUCAUUGACUCUCUGCAAGAUCACAUAGAUGCCACCAAGCUGUUUAAGGAAGAGCUGACCCAAGUCAAGGAGGGUAUGAAGCAUAUCAAUGAUCUGGCCCACCAGCUGGCCAUCUCUGAUGUGCACUUGUCCAUGGAGAAUGCCCGUGCCCUGGAGCAUCUCAACAGCAGGUGGAAGCUGCUGCAGGGUUCAAUUGAAGAGCGCUUGAAGCAGCUGCAGGAUGCCCACAGAGACUUUGGCCCUGGAUCACAGCACUUUCUCUCUAGUUCUGUGCAGAUACCUUGGGAGCGUGCUAUAUCCCCCAACAAAGUGCCAUACUAUAUCAACCACCAGGCUCAGACAACCUGCUGGGAUCAUCCAAAGAUGACAGAAUUAUAUCAAGCACUGGCGGACCUGAACAACAUCAAGUUCUCCGCAUACCGGACAGCCAUGAAGCUUCGGCGAGUGCAGAAAGCUCUGAGAUUGGAUCUGCUGAAGCUGACGAGUGUGAUCGAGGUGUUCAGAGAACAGGAACUGCAGCAUGGCGAAUAUGUGAUGGAUGUGGUGGAGGUGAUCCAUGCCCUCACUGCCCUGUAUGAAAGACUAGAAGAAGAGCGAUCUGUACUCAUCAACAUCCCCCUCUGUGUGGACAUGUGCCUCAACUGGUUACUCAAUGUCUAUGACAGUGGUCGUAAUGGUAAGAUGCGGGUGCUUUCCUUCAAGAUGGGAUUAGUGAGUCUAUGCAACGCAGAUGUCCAAGAGAAAUACAGAUACUUAUUCAGACAGGUGUGUGGACCAAAUGGUCUGACAGAUCAGAAGCACCUCAGCCUGCUGCUGCAUGAAGCUAUUCAGAUCCCCCGCCAGCUGGGUGAGGUAGCAGCCUUUGGGGGAAGCAAUGUGGAGCCCAGCGUGCGGAGCUGCUUCCGCAUGGCCCCAGGGAAGCCAGCCAUUGAGGUGUCACACUUCCUUGAGUGGAUGAGUCUGGAGCCCCAAUCAGUAGUGUGGCUUCCUGUACUACACCGUGUGACAGUGGCUGAAUCUGCCAAACACCAGGCGCGCUGCUACAUCUGUAAACAAUGCCCUAUCAAGGGCUUCAGGUACCGGAGUCUAAAGCAGUUCAAUGUGGAUAUCUGCCAGAUGUGUUUCCUGACCGGCCGAACAACCAAAGGCAAAAAACUACACUACCCCAUCAUGGAGUACUACACCCCGACCACCUCAGGGGAGAAGAUGAGGGACUUUGCGAAGACUCUGAAGAACAAGUUCCGAUCAAAGCAGUACUUUAGCAAACAUCCUCAGAGAGGCUACUUACCAGUGCAGACUGUCCUGGAGGCAGAGAGUGGCGAGACGCCUUGUUCGUCUCCCAGGCUACCACAUGCAGACACACACAGCCGGAUUGAGCACUUUGCCAGCAGGCUGGCAGAAAUGGAGAGCCAGAGCUGCUCCUUCUUCACUGACAGUCUCUCUCCUGAUGAAAGUCUGGAUGAAGAUCAGUACCUCCUACGUCACUCCAGCCCCGCCUUGGAGCAGGAUUCUCCGCCAGGCCCACACCUCCUCGUCCACCUUGACUGCCACAACAAAGAGGAGCUGCAGCGCACACUGGUCCGGCUGGAAAAUGAGAACAGGAUGCUGCAGGGUGAGUACCGGCGGCUGAAGUGGAAACAUGAGGAAGCGGCAGCGGCUCCAGAGCUGGUGGAGGGUGGUAUGGGCUCGCCGGCAGGUCAGCAGGAUGAGGAACUCCUCGCUGAGGCUCGAGUCCUCCGGCAGCACAAAAGCCGCCUGGAGACGCGCAUGCAGAUCUUGGAAGAUCACAACAAGCAACUGGAAUCGCAGCUCCGCAGGCUCCGAGAGCUACUGCUGCAGCCCAAAGAUGACUCAGAGGCCAAUGGGUCAGCACCAUCGUCUUUGUCUUCACCUGUGUCUGCAGUUCACCAGGGGGAGCCACCGAGCAGAGAGACCACAGACACAGAGGCUGCAGGAGAGGAGCUGGACCAUGAGCGGGACACAGUGCUGCAGCUGCAGGAGGUGAUUGAGCAGCUGAGGAACGUCUUCCCGACCGAGCCAGGCCAGUGACCAGCCUGAACCACCACAGAGCGGCCUGCCAUUUCCUGGGUACCGCAUUGCUCAUCUAACCCUAGGUUUUGUCUGGAGUAUGCAAGGCAGACAGACAGACAAACACAGAUGGGCUCAGUAGAUCAGAGGGUUCUUUAUCCUGUCCUCACUGACUUCUGCACUGCAGCCUAAAAAGCUGAAGACAUGAGUGAUAACUAACAUUUUCUUGGUGCCAAAGGCCAGCGCUUGAUCCGUCCACUGUGCUAACCAGCUGCCUGUAGUAACGGCAGGCAUGUGUGGCUUCUUCAGUACAGCACAACAACCUCUCCACAAACGAUGCACAGAGAGGAGAGGGAGUCCUUGUACUUAAACCCGGUGCCAGCAACUUCAGAUUUUUUUUUCUUUUUUAAAUUCAUAUUUUUCUGUUUACUGCCAACUCAUGCAUUGAAAUAUUCACACAUAUACAGUCUGGACCUGGCCUUGUGUGGCCUCUGCUCUGAGCAGAGGAGCAGACUGCUGGGAGUCAGCGGGACAAGCAAAUUUGCUCUGUAGAGUUGACACAUUAUCAGCAGAAGCCAUUAUUUUUUCACUAUGGUCAUAGUCCUGUAUUUGUGCUCUUGACUGCUCCUAGCUAUAACUGUGUGACCCCCCUCCCCCACCAACCCCCCACAUAUUUGCCGCUCUUGCCUCUGUUGUUAUACGUCGCUCACACUCGGUCACCCACAAACAUAUCACUGCUUAUAUACAAAGGAUCUGCAAAGAGAUAAGCGGCGAUUUUACGGCUCUUCGGCUUUCAUGGAGCAGGGGGAAGGUCUCAUGGUGAGGGAGAUUUGUAGCACAACACAGCGUGUGCUUUGUUGUGAAAGCUUUCACCUGAAAAAUGACAGGCCUCUGCUGUGCACUGUGCAGAAGCGGCAGGUUGGCCUGAUCUCCCAAAAACCUGCACCUCCAAAGCCCAUCAGGGACUGGCACACUUCAGAUACAGCACAGCCUUUGCGCCUUAACUCCUGCAGACAGGGCAGCACGCAUCUCAUAAACAGAGCUAGCCUUAGAUCACCUCUCCCUCUUUCAUUUUGUGUUCUUCUCAGUUCCACUGUCUGAGGAGAGGAAAGUGAAAAGCAAGUGAUGCAGGAUUAUUUUACAUUAUGGUUAAGGAGGCGGACAGCAAAUUGAUCCCACUCUUUGUAAGCACACAGAAAGAAAAAAAGGCUUUUUGUAGAGCGAUUUAUUGGGGGCUGUCAGAUUUGUAUGAGAAGAAGAAAUGUGUUGGGAGAGGCAGCAGCACUGGAAUACCAUGAGAGAGAGAGAGACAGACAGAGAGAUGCAGAGAGGGGGAAUUAAAAUGGGAACAGAGAGAAAGAGAAGGUGAGCAAUGAAAGUUGCAAGUAAGAGACUGGCUGUGUAAAUAUUCACUUGGGUAGGUUUAGCCAUAGCAGCCCUGUAGGUGUCAGAUUAGCUGCUGCUGGGGGAGGGAGAAGGAAAGAGAGAGGGCGAGAGAGUGGGAGGGAGGGAGGGAGAGGGAGAGAGAGAGAGAGAGAGAGAGAAAAGAAAGAAGGAACAGAUAGAGAAUGUUUUCUGUUUGUUCCAGCAAAUGCUCUGAAGUCAUUAUCUCCUGUCUCAAGAAGCAGUGCCUGCUUCUCCACCUUUCCCUGAAGAAAGCCUUCUAAAGCCUGAUUUUUCAGGGCACAGAUUUUUAGUUUGAAUCCCAUUGCACAUUCUUCAGGCAGAAUGUUCUCAUUUGACAUCACUGUGCACUGAACUGUCUGUUUAUUUUGAUGCGGUUGCUAGGGAACUGUCCCAGAGGAACUGGUUGCUCUCUGGAAAGGUGAGGCAUCGUUCAUAAUAGAGGAGAUGGAAAUAAGCAUAUGGAAAGAGAAGGAGAGAGACAGACAGAUGAGUCAAGUAAGAGAAUGUGUGAGAGGUGAACACCUCCCCCACCCAAGCUGCCUGUCACUGUUUAGCUGGCAUGGCUCUUCAUUAAAAUCAACAUCUUUUACACCCAGCAGAAACACCUGUUAUUUUACUGAACACAUUUUAAGAGAAAGAACACAAUGCACUCACAUCCAAACUCCAUGUAUUUGUUUAAUUUAUUUUCACUGUUUAUUCAUAUGUCAGAUCCCAUUUUACAUAUGCAGGAAAGAACUUUUUGUAUCCCAAUGUCAGAUUAUAUUUAACAUAUUUUUUCCCUUCCUAAAGCAUACUGGCACAGGAAUGUCAAACUCUUUGUGACAGUGAAAUUGUGAGACCGGACAUGGUAGCAAAUCAUUUACAUCAUCGCUAUGCUUUGCUACCUUUGGUACCUUCAGUUUCUACCAGACGUUUUAUUUUUUCCUUGAGCUUAUACCAGCUAUUACUCCACAGUUUACUCAUUUCCAAAAUGAGAUUUAAUGACUCUCAGUAGGUGUGCAGCCUCUGGGUUUUGUAGCAUGACUGGAAUGGUCUCAGAAUGAUGUGGUACUACAUGCCAUUGCUAAGGGCUGUCUCUACUGUUUUUAGCUCCACUAAUGAACGCAUUCAUUAUUUUAGUUUGUAAGUAGCAGACCGGCAGGUCACAACACCUAUGCUGGCCUUGGCUCCUGUUGGUCAGCAGGCUUGUUUUCUCACUAUAAUACUGGGCAUUGAUUUAACCUCUGAACCUGUGAUGUUACUUACAUCCAUGUUGCAUUUUCUCAUGCUUUUACUUGACAAGUACAGACAUUCCACUGAGUCUGUGUUCAAGUGUUUAUCAAUUUGUAAUGCACUAUUACUUUUUUAUUACAUAAUACAUUGUCUGUUUCCCUUGUUUUUAAUUUAUAUAAAAUGUUUGUGAAAUCAAAAGCUUUUUUAAAAAUGAAUGGGUUACUGGCUGCUUUCUACUCAUUGUGUACAGAGAAAUAAAUUUGUAUUUGUUAUA